AUGAAGGUCGCCGUCACAUCCAACAUCCCCCGUUUCCUUCUCCCACGCGGCAUUCCCUCGCAUACACUGCGAUAUGCCAGGCGCAAUUUUUCAUCGUCGUCAGCACGGCGAGCAGCCGAAGACAAGCCACGAACUCUCGCGCAACCGGACAAAUUCAGACCACCAUCUCACCCCGCUCGUCGCGUCCUACAAACACGCAAUGGCAAGGUUGUCAGUCAGAAUGUGCGAGAUCCAUUCAAUUACCCCGGCCGUCCGUUAUCAGCCAAGGAAAAGGAAGAGCGGAAGACCAAGCGGUAUCCCAAUAUGUUUCCUGCAGAAGGAACAGUUCUAUUUAAAUUCCUAACUACGCGAUGGAUCCAUGUGUGGAUUUCUAUGGGCGUCCUCACCUCCCUUGCAACAUUCACAUUUACGGAAAACUUCAAACGAACGUCUGCCUUUGCACAUCUUCUUCCACCAUGGUCGGGACUACUGACAAACCCGAUCAGCACCAUAUCGCAAGCCAUAUCAGUGUGGAAAAUGCACGUUCAGCACACGUCGAUGAUUGCGCGCGAGAACCGGCACAAGCGCAUCGAAGACGCCGAGAAGCGUCGCCAGUAUCGCAUCGCUCAUGGGCUCGAGGAGCCGGAGAAAGCGGCGUCUCCUGUUGUCGAGGACGACCAGUCGCCUAUUGCUGCUCCUGUGGCUGCCGGCGAGGAGACGGAGAAGCGGGUUGUGAAGAAGUGGUUUGGCAUUUGGUGA